AUGGCGGGUCGAGACGGCGGCCCCAGGGCGACUUCACCGACGGACGAAGACGAUAGCUUUCCUCAGUUUCCACGCCAAAUUCCGGGACCUCCGAGUAUAAUCUCGUCGCGAAUGACGGAUAUCGCUUCCGAUGAUGGAGAGGAGGACGACCCGCAGAGGAGUACUACCAGCCACCGCAGGAGUGGGAUUGCGUCCGAAACCUUGUCGCGACCGGAAACUGCAAGAACGGGCCGGUCAUCGAGGGGUGCAUGGCCACAAUCCCAGCCAUUACGGAGAGGGCUAUCCGGUAAACGCAAGAGUGUGGCCGGCAGCACGACUGGUUCCGUUGCAGCAGGUCGACCGCCCAGCUCGACCAGCAGAAGCCAUGUACCGUCCCUUACUUCCCACGCCUUCUUUCGCCCUAUGAGCUCGCAGAAGUUGCAAGCCCAGCGAGGGGCUUCAAGACCGGUAGCCGUGGCCCGGCAGCAAAGGACAUCCGACGAUUCCGCGCCAGAGAGUGGCACGAACACUGCGCGGCAGAGCAUCAUCUCAAACCCCGUUGCCAAGCUAGCUCGCGAGCUUACCGACGAGGGCGAGAUGCGCCCGCCUCCAUCCAGAGGAACGGAAAUGACCGAGCAGGAGACGGUCGACCGUAUCACCGCCAACACCAGUCCGACGCAUGGGCAUUAUGCAGCGGCAAGCCUGUCCGAGAGCGUGCGGCCGCUCCAGAAGAAGAAGGCUGAGAUCAAGGGACUAAGCGUCAAUACGGAUAGGAGCUACCUCGGCGGUGGCGGAAACCAGGCGACGCCCAUGAAGUCGCCCCGUUCUUUCAGAUCAAGCUUUCUCUUACCGUCAAGGAAUGACUCGAGCCAAAAUAGCGAAAACAGACGAAUGCAUGGAGGAGAAAAGCUGGAGUCCGUUGCCUCGUCGCCGCAGCUGACUCCUACUAACGCCGGCCCAAAGUCAAACCUUCCAAGAACGAAUGCUAAAAAGCUCGGCUACAACUACGAGUAUUUCGAGGGAAACACGGCAUUUUGCAUUGGAGGUCGCCUUCAGAACACUCGACAUCGACCCGUCAACAUCGCAACGGGGGCCAUGGUCGUCGCCCCAGCCGCCCUGUUCUUCGUUUUCUCGGCCCCAUGGUUAUGGUUCAACAUCUCACCCGCCAUCCCGAUUGUCUUCGCCUAUAUCUUUUACAUCUGCGUCUCCUCCUUCCUACAUGCCUCUGGCUCGGACCCUGGGAUCUUACCUAGGAACCUACACCGUUUUCCGCCGGCCCACGAAAACGAGGACCCGUUAAGACUGAGUCCUCCAACUAACGACUGGACCUUGGUCAAGUCGGCCGAGAAAUCUGCGGCGGCCAUGGAGGUUCCUACAAAGUACUGCAGGACAUGCAAUCUCUGGCGGCCCCCCAGGGCUCAUCACUGCCGGCUAUGUGACAACUGCAUCGAGACUCAGGAUCACCACUGUGUCUGGCUGAAUAACUGCGUUGGUAGGCGCAACUACCGCUUUUUCUUUACCUUUGUUACCUCGGCAACCGUACUGGCGGCCUACCUCCUUGGGGCGUCACUCGCCCAGAUUCUCGUCUACAUGAAUCGAGAAGGCGUGUCGUUUGGCGACGCGAUAAACCACUUCCGCGUUCCCUUCGCCAUGGUAAUCUACGGCUUCAUCGGCUUUCUUUAUCCGGCGGCACUUAUGGGCUACCACCUCUUCCUCAUGGCCAGGGGCGAGACGACGCGAGAGUACCUCAACUCCCACAAGUUCCUCAAGAAGGACCGGUAUCGGGCCUUUACGCAGGGAAACUGGCCCAAAAACUGGUUUGUCGUGCUCUGCCGGCCACGGCCGCCGACGUAUUAUCGGUUCAAGAGCAGGUAUUCCGGAGGGGACCAGCGCCUUGGAUCGAAACCCGACACGAGGAAGGCCGACUCGAAAGAUGGCUUGGAAAUGCAAAACGUCAAGCCGCAGCAGCAACAGCAGCCGGAAUUCCAUGGCCCCGUCGAGUUGCGAAAUUCUGAGCAGACCUCGGCGGCAUGA